GGCCCCUCUGGGGCUGGAGGUCCUCCAGAACUCUGUGUCCGACCGCCGCCCCGCAGCCCCUCUAGGCCCCGAGGCUCACUCCAACUCUAUGGUUAACCGUGACCCAACGGAACACUUUGACUUGAAGGCCAACCACGACCCAACGGCCGCUCUAGGCCUCAAGGUCCUCCACAGCUCUAUGGCCAACCGCAACCCCACGGCCACUCUAGGCCUCAAUGCCCACCGUGACUCUGUGAUUAACCGUGACCCAACGGCCGCUCUAGGCCUCAAAGUCCCCCAGAACUCUAUGAUCAACUGCAGCCCCACGGCCGCUCUAGGCCCCAAGGCCCGCCAUGACUCUAUCGUUAGCAGUGACCCGAUGGAACACCUUGACUUGAAGGCCCACUGUGACUCUAUGGUUAAUCACGACCAAACGGCCGCUCUAGGCCGCAAGGCCCACUGUGACUCUAUGGCCAACUGCGACCCAACGGACACUCUAGGCCCCAAUGCCCACCACGACUCUAUGGUCAAACGCAGUCCCGUGGCUCCUCUAGUCCCAAAGGCCCACUGUGACGCUAUGGCCAACCGUGACCCAACGGCCGCUCUAGGCCUCAAGGUCCUCCAGAACUCUGUGGUCAACUGCAGCCCUGUGACCACUCUAGGACCCAAUGCUCGCCGCGACUCUAUCGUUAGCAGUGACCUUGACUUGAAGGCCUACCACAACUCUAUGGCCAACCCCGUCCCAACAACUGCUCUAGAUCUCAUGGUCCCCCAGAACUCUAUGGUCAACCACAGCUCCGUGGCCGCUCUAGGCCUCAGUGCCCACCGAGACUUUAUGAUCAACCACAACCCAGCGGCCACUCUAGGCCCCAGUGCUCGCAGUGACUCUAUGGUCAGUUGCAGCCCCAUGGCCGCUCUAGGCCCAAAGACCCCCUGCAACUCUAUGACCCACAGCAGCUCUGCGGCCACUCUAGGCCCGAAGACCCCCCACAACUCUAUGACCCACAGCAGCUCUACGGCCACUCUAGGCCCGAAGACCCCCCACAACUCUAUGACCCACAGCAGCUCUACGGCCACUCUAGGCCCGAAGACCCCCCACAACUCUCUGACCAACCACGGCCCGCUGGCCACUCUAGGCCCGAAGACCCCCCGCAACUCUCUGACCCACCGCAGCCCUACGGUCGCUCUCUGCCCGGAUCGUCCCCCCAUCCCUCGCCGCCGCCUGCCGGCGUUGGCCAUCCUCACCCUCUGCGCCCUGCUGUGCCCUCCUGGCACCUCGGGCUCAGCCCUGGAGUUCCCGGGGACGCCGGGGCAGUGGGCUCGCUACGGCCGCUGGGGGUCCGGGGGUCGUUUGAGCUUCAGCCUGAAGACCAACGUCAGCCGAGCGCUGCUGCUCUACAUGGACGACGGAGGCAACUGCGACUUCCUGGAGCUGCUGGUGGCCGAGGGGAGGCUGAGGCUGCGUUUCGCCAUCGCCUGCGCCGAACCCGCCGUCGUGGCGUCGGCGUCGGCGGUGAACGACGGACGCUGGCACUCGGUGAUGCUGAGCCGCAGGGGGAGAGAAGCGGCUCUGGCGGUGGACGGGGAAACGUUGGCGGGGGUCGUGAGGUCCAAAAGGGCCGAGAUGGCGGUGGGCAGCGACCUGUUCGUGGGGGGGAUCCCGCCCGACGUCCGUCUGUCCGCUCUGACCCUCAGCACCGUCAAGUACGAAGCGCCGUUCCGGGGCUGGGUGGCCGAAUUGAGGGUGGGCGAGGAGCCGGCGGUGCUGCUGGGGGCUCAGGGGGCGCGUGGGGAGAACGGCCGGGAGGAGGAGGAGGAAGAGGAGGAGGAGGAUGAGGAGGAGGAAGAGCGGCGGCGCUGCGCCCAGCAUCCACCCUGCGCUCAUGGAGGGCGAUGCGCCCUGAGGAGAGGGGAGCCACAGUGCGACUGCGCCGGCACCGGGCACAGCGGGCCCUUCUGCGGGGAAGAAGAGGAGCCCGCGGUGGAAGGUGAGUGUGCAAAGGGCGUGCAAGGGGGGUGGGCGGGAAAAGGGCGCCGUGCAAAUCUCAGCACACUCGUGCAAAUGCUGGUGGUGCCGCUCCGGCCAAUGGGAGGGCGGCGUGUGAGUUGGGGGAGGCGGGGUUAUGCAAAUUAAAGCGACGCCAUCGGCCAAUGGGGAGGGCGGAGGGGUGGGGCUUGCACCACGAGUGUGCACCAGGAUGCACGGCGCACGCGGCUGCGCGCGUGCAAGCAGCGGGGUUCGUGUGAAGAGCGUGCGAGGAACAGGAGCGUGCAAAGAGCGUGCCAAGCACCCGCGGGUUGCACGAGGACGGUGCGACGCACGUGAGUGUGCAACAAGCCGGGCGUGCAGAGCCGGGCAGGCGUGCAAGGGGCGGGGGUUGCACGCAGGAAGGCAGUGCAAGGGCUCGCACGGAGCGUGCGAUUCACCAGGGGCGCGCGGGGCACACGAGGCUCACCGUUUGUUUGCACGAGGGGCAGGCGGGCAGGGCCGCACGAGGAGCCAACGCUUUGCACGA